AAUUAAUUCACUUUCUAGGGUUUCUCACCUCACAGCAAAGGUUUUGGCGGCUGGCUUUCGAACUGAUCUCUUCUGGGUGAGUUUCACUUCGAGGGGUUCUUUCGGCGGCUGGGGAUCUGAUCUCCUCUCCUCUCGUUUUAAUUUCUUAACUUAUGGAUAAGUCAUGGAAAGAGCUUAUAAAAGGAAGGAGGGUAGAUGAAAUGGAAGAGAAGGUCACCAAAUUCUUCUUCCAUGUCUUUGUUAGACCAUCCAGAGACAGAGAUGGUAAAUUAUGGUGUCCUUGUUUUAAAUGUGGUUCUGUAAAAAGGGUGCCUAAAAGAGAAGCAUUUGAUCAUGUUAUCUGUGAUGGAUUUCUCCAAGGACUAGAAGUAAAGGUACAAAGGUUAAAGGCUGAGGUCCAAGUGUUGAAACAAUCUUUAACUACUGUUAUAUCAUUAUUUGAAAAACAAUUUCCAGGUGAGAAUGAGGAAAUUCUGAACACUAUUGCUUCCAUGAUCAAUCAAAAGGCACCUGAGGCAUCUGGUACUCAACAAAUGCCAUGUGGAAAUGAUCAUCUUCCGGAAUCAAGCCAUCGCGUAAAACAAAAUGCGUUGCGUAAUGCAUCUGGUACUCAACAAACACCAAAUGGAAAUAAUCAUUCUCCAGUAUCAAGUCAUCUCGCAAAUCAUUUUCGUUACCUGCCUUUGGUUGCCUAUUCAGUUGGUGUCUUAUUUUGUAUUUACAAACUUAGAUCGUAAUCUAGUUGCAGUUGCCUGCCUUUGGUUUUCUAUUUAAUUAGUGUCUUGUUUUGUAUUUGCAAACUUAGAUUGUAAUCUAGUUGCAAUUACCUGUCUUUAUUUUCAACAAGUAUAUGUUCAUAGUCGAUUUUCCAACAUCAUUUCAAUUUCUUUUA